AUGGGUGAAUUAAACUUCUCAGGAUCAGCUACAGGCAAUACCGUCCUGGAUGCAGCUCGUGGUAUAACAACUUCAGGAGCAGCAGUAAACACAGAAGAAGGUCGUACGGAAUGGACACGUCUAGAGUUGUGCGUUAUAGCGAGUCUUCAAUUAGCGCUCGUCUUGGUGUCCUACCGCUUGGACCGCUCAGAGCAUCCUGUGCUUAUUUCUGAGUCUGCUGUUGCCAUCUUUUUUGGUGUUUUGUUUGGAGCUGGUGUGCUGAUCUUUUACCCGAUGGAAUCGCUGAACAAUGGCAUGGAUCCUGAAAUACUCUUUUAUGCACUGCUACCACCGAUUAUACUUGAGGCGGGGUUCAAUAUGAAGAAAAGGGGUUUCUUUUCCAAUUUUAAUGCAAUCAUGCUGUUGUCUAUUGUGGGGACACUGAUUGCGACGUUUAUUACGGGUGGUGUGUUAAUUUGGCUGGGAAAUAUGGGGUUUAUCACCCAACUGACUACUGCAGAGGCGUACCUUUACGGUGCUCUUAUAUCUGCGGUGGAUCCAGUUGCUACAUUGUCAGUGUUCAAGAAGAAUGGUGUACCUCCACUUCUUUUCAAUCUUGUUUUUGGUGAAAGCAUGCUGAAUGACGGUGUUGCAAUCGUGUCAUUCACGCUGUUCCAGGGCCUCAUUCGGAAUGAUAUUGCUGAUGUUACCCUACACGAUGCAGGCAUCAUUAUCAUCAAGGUGUUUGGAAUUGGCUUUGGCUCUGUCGGUCUGGCAGCAGUCGUGUGCUUCACGUCGGCAUUUUUACUCAAACAAGCUGACCCGGCUCUUCAUCAGCAUCCCUCCUACGAGAUCUCAAUCGUGUUGCUCUCUGCGUACUUGAGUUACGUGAUUGCCGACCUCGUUGGAAUGAGUGGCAUCGUGGCGCUGUUUUUUUCGGGCGUACUGAUGAGUCACUAUCACCUGUAUAAUAUAGCUGAUGAGAGCGCAACAGCUCUGCAGCAUUUGCUGACAACUUCGUCAUUCAUGGCGGACAAUUUCGUCUUCAUCUACAUGGGAAUGAGUGUGGUGGCGUACUCUGGGUACUUUACGUGGGACUGGGGUUUCAUCCUUGCCAAUAUGGUCGCUUGUGUCUUCGGGCGCAUGCUUAACACGUUCCCGAUGUGUAUGCUUGCCAACCUAUGCCGGUCGGAAGACAAUAAAAUUCCAUGGAGCUACAUGGUGGUAAUUUGGUUUGCUGGACUUCGUGGCGCAAUUGCCUUUGCGCUAGCGCUGAAUGUGUAUACGCCCAAUCGCGUUCACGCUAGCAUAAUCCAAAGCACGACGCUUUUCACAGUCAUGUUCACGACUUUAGUUUUCGGAAUGGGAACACGCCCUCUGCUGCGCUACUUUGGCUUGACGUCGACACAGGAAGAGGACCGGGAGCUUGAUGACGAGGAUGCAAACCAGCGCCUGCUUUCUGGUGAUGAAGAGCACGAUGCGGAUACUUCAUUCCGUCCCAUUGCCCAAUCACCUUCUCGCCAAAGCAUCAGCGGUAUCCACGGCAUCUGGGAACGCCUUGACGAAAAUUACUUGAAACCGCUUUUUGGUGGCCAACCUCGUGAGAAGCAGCACCAGUCGAAAAAGAAUGAUGUGAAACUCAACAGCAGAGCAAGGACCAUUACCAAGUGUUAA